GCGAAUCUUAGUUCUUCGCUACAACUUGAAGAAGGUGGUUUGCUUGUAGCUCAUCGGUGUUUCGACUUUUGAAGGCUUAUUUUAUACUCAAAAAUGGCGAAAUGGGGCGAAGGAGAUCCGAGAUGGAUUGUAGAAGAGAGGGCUGACGCUGUAAAUGUGAAUAAUUGGCAUUGGACGGAAAAGGAUGCUUCAUCUUGGUCAAAGGAAAAGUUUAAAGAGUUAUUUAAAGGCCUAGAAAUUGCAACAGAUAAAGCAACAUUCAAGAUAUCAGAUAUAACAAAAUCAGAAGGAGAGGCUUGUGCAAACAACAGAAAAGCCAAGCUCAUCUUUUUUUAUGAAUGGGUCAUCGAAUUGGAAUGGACAGGUUCUCUGGCAGAUAGUGAAAAUGUCUUGAGAGGAAAAAUUGAGAUUCCCAAUCUCAGCGAAGAAAAUGAAGUGCAUGAGAUUGAUGUAAACGUGUCAGCAAAUAAAAGAUCUGAAGAGAGUGAGAAGCUGCUGGUUGUAUUUAAGACUGAAGGAGUCACAAAAAUAAGAGAACAAUUAGGAAAAUAUAUUAACCAACUCAAAAAUGAUUUCAUACAGGGAAUGAUUCUACCUUCAAAAGAUAAACAAAUGCAGAAUGCCAAGUCUGAAAAAGAUACUAAAGAGGCAUUUAAGAACAUCACAAUUUCGUCAACAAAAAAAGAAAGCAAAGACAAUGGUACCAAACCUCUUGGUGUGCCCAUUUCAACAAGAAAGAUAGUGAUGAAAGAAGAAUUCCUUAUGUCAGCUGAGGACCUCUAUAACACACUCACUGAAGAACAAAGACUGUCAGCGUUCACCAGGUGUCCGGCCAAGGUGGAUGCUACAAAAGGUGGUACCUUUGUUCUUCUGGAUGGAAAUGUGUCUGGCAAAUUUGUUGAUCUGGUAAGAGAUCAAAAAAUUGUUAUGAAUUGGAGACUAAGAAGCUGGCCAGAUGAGCAUUACUCCUCAGUAACCAUCACCUUAACAGAAAAGGGCGACAGGACAGAAUUGGCACUCACUCAGACAGGGGUCCCAGAGGCAAAAUAUGAUGAAACGUUAGCAGGAUGGAGGCAGUAUUAUUGGGAAGCCAUCAAGAGAACCUUCUCUUGUGGGUUCAGGUACUUCUGACAGCUUUUCCACGUCAUACUCUGGACCUAUCUUCAUAGAGUUAUGGCGUGUUGAAUUUUUAUUUGGAGUAAUUCAUAAUUAUAUCCCAUGGAAAUGUAUGGUAAUGUAAUAUGUUUGCAAAUUUCUCUCUCUCUYUUUCUCUCUCUGCGAAAGUGUCCCUUAGCCUCCACAUUAGGACUAGAGGUAGAGGUAACUGGUAUCAUUUCUUCCUUUGUCACUUCCUAGGAAUUGCCACAACAAGACAUUUGGUCUUUAAGUUAUCAUGAUUUGACUCAUACUAGCAGGACUGAUCUUUAUCUCAAUUUUUCUAAAAUUCUUAUUUAAUGUAUUUAUGAAUAUUCACUCGCUGAUCCUCAACUUUAACCAGUGCUUAAUUUGUCAUAUUCAUUUAUACUUGUGUUGAUACAAUUCCAUUGCUUGAUUUUUACCAUUUUUGUGAUGUUUGAGCAAAUUUUGAGUAUUUCUUUACUUGUAAGAAAAACAUCACCAAUCAACUUGCUUUGUGAUUUUGUGUAGUUUAACUGUUAAUGUGGUUGUGAAAUCCUGUUGAGAUUUCGAUUGGGAUUUUCUGUUUUUACAGUGUAAAACCGUAGAUAAUUUUUAAUAAUCCAAUUAUGUAAACUGAACAUUAUAUUAUGCUGCGCAAAAUAUUCAAUAAACUAUUAGUCAAUAUUA